AUGACAAGAGUAGUGGUUACAGGAGUAGGGAUAAUUUCACCGCUAGGUGUUGGACUCAAACACAAUUGGACGAGACUUAUUGCUGGUGAGUCAGGAAUAACAUCCACAACGAAUCUACCCAAUUACUCCCAAGACGGGUGGGACAAGAUCCCAUCAAAAGUCGUAGGAGUAGUACCUGAAGGUCCAUUGUCAGAGGGAAAGUGGAAUCCAACCGAACACUUGACACCUGGAGAAAUCAAACGAGUGGCGAAAUUUAGUCAAUAUGGAUUGGCAUGUACACAAGAGGCUAUAGAGGAUGCACAAUUGGAUCCAUCAAGAUUGCGAAACUCCAAGUCAUUCGGUGUUGCCGUUGGAAGUGGGAUUGGCUCAUUUCAAGAUGUAUUUGACAACACCACUGCAUUUAAUCAAGGUGGUUACCGCAAGGUACAACCGUUGUUUAUCCCCAAACUACUAAACAAUAUGGCUGCGGGUAACAUUUCCAUCAAGUACGGAUUGAAAGGUCCCUUACAUUCAGUAUCAACUGCAUGUGCCACAGGACUUCAAGCUAUUGGUGAUGCAUACAACUUUAUCAAGAUGAAUUAUGCUGAUGCAAUGAUAUGUGGUGGAACAGAAUCUUCAAUUCACCCAUUAGCAUUAUCUGGUUUUGCAAGAGCGCGUUCAUUGGUGACUGAUUUCAAUGACGAACCAACUAAAGCAAGCCGACCAUUUGAUAAGGAUCGAAAUGGGUUUGUGCUAAGCGAAGGAUGCGGUAUUGUUGUUGUUGAAAGUUUGGACCAUGCGUUGAAACGUGGAGUUACUCAGGACCAAAUUUAUGGAGAAAUAUUUGGCUAUGGCUUAUCAGGAGAUGCAUAUCAUAUUACUGCACCACAGGAAGAUGGCGAAGGCGCAUACAAUGCUAUGAAUCAAACUUUAACUCGAGCACAAAUUGACCCCCAAAGAGUCAACUACAUAAAUGCUCAUGCUACAUCAACCACGAUUGGCGACCGGGCCGAGAAUAAUGCUUUGUAUCGAUUGUUUUCUCAACUGACAUUAGUUUCGUCAACAAAAGGAGCCAUAGGUCAUUUAUUGGGGGCUGCUGGUGCUGUUGAAGCAAUCUUUACUUUACAAGCUAUGAAAACGGGUCAAGUACCACCGACAUUAAACUUGGACAAUCCGGGCGGAAAAUUGGGUGAUGAAGAGGAUAAAUUUGCCAAGUUUGAUUAUGUUGCAAACAAGCCGAAAUUGGACAUUGAUAUUGAGUAUGCCAUGUGUAAUUCAUUUGGAUUUGGUGGGGUAAACAGUAGUUUAUUGAUUGGGAAAUACCGUGGAGAUUGA